AUGGCUGUCGAGGACAUUGCGUCAAAUACAGUGAUCCAGCAAAUGUGCCUGAUAGCCUCUGUUUGUGAGAGACAUAGAUCAGGGUUCCCUGCAAUCGACAUCAAUAUCCGACGUGGUAACGUGCUUGCAAUCGGAACGACGAUGUUCAGCUGUGACCGUUGCCCCUGGCGUACUGUGUACUCUCCAAAAUUCAAUGAGAUGCUGCAGAUGCAGUCAUCAUUACCAGGCUCGUGUGUGCGAAGAGCGCAGUCUGACGUGGACGAUAACUGCUUGUGCCUUGCCGACUGA